GGGGAUGGAGAGGAGGGCCCUCCUUCUCCUCCGCGCCAUGGCUCUGCUCCUCUUCCAGGCUUUGCCCGAAGGGUCGCCCGCCAGCCUCCUCGAAGCCGGGCCCCAGCAGCGCUACUACUGAUGUCACUUCCCCCUUGGCAAAUGCUACGGCGGCUCUGCUGCUUCUGAGAUUGGUCACAGGGAGGGGAAAAAGAGCAAGAGACAGAGAGGAGUGAGUGCAUGCCAUGUCCUGGGACCCUGUUUACUCAACAUUCCCAGCCAAGAAAGCCUUGGUUUAAAUAGGAUUGCGGAUGCAGCCCGUCCAUCUCAAAUGAGGAAAUGAUUACUGUGGGAUUUUAGAAAUUCCUUUGUUGAAACCCUUAACGUGGAUUAUGAGAAUGCAGAAUGCCUUUCCUUUUGGGGCUACGACAGGACAAAGAAACCUGCAUAGGAAUCAACAAUCAGAGUUACAUCUGUGAAACAGGCCAUUGCUGUGGACAGUCUCAGUGCUGCAAUUACUAUUAUGAGCUCUGGUGGUUCUGGCUAGUGUGGACGAUCAUCAUCAUACUGAGUUGCUGUUGUGUCUGCCAUCACCGACGCGCCAAACAUAGACUUCAGGCCCAACAACGACAGCAUGAGAUUAACCUGAUUGCCUAUCGUGAAGCUCAUAACUACACCACCCUGCCAUUUUAUUUCCGAUUUUUGCCAAAUUAUUUACUACCUCCCUAUGAGGAAGUGGUGAAUCGACCUCCGACCCCUCCCCCACCAUAUAGUGCCUUACAUCAGCAAUGCAUCCCGCCUGGCAGUAGCAGUGCAGCACCGGAUACAAGAAACCUACAGCCAACCCAGACGGGCUCUCUGUCGGGAGCAGGAAGCAAUAAUGGAAGUAUGGAUACCACUGCCCCCCUCAACAUUGGGGAUCCUGAAUCCUCCACCCCACUAGUUGAACAAUCAACCACCAAAGCAACAAGUGGUGAGCCAAGGAACUCCAACAGCGAGGCAGGAUUAGAAGAAGUUCCUGAUGACGUAUCUUGUCCAGAGAAGGAGUCAGAGUGCAAGGAGGAACUGCUUAAGGAUUAUAACUCAGAAAGCGUAGAUCACAGCAGCGCCUUCUCUGAUGCUAAAGACAAGACACCAGGUAGACACCGAAGGUUCACAGGUGACUCAGGCAUUGAAAUCUGUAUCUGUAACCAAGACCACCAUGACAGUGAUCUCAAGGAGUUGGAUGGAUUGAUUGAUGAUGGACCCAUGGAUUUCUGUGAUAGUUGCAGUGGCCACCCUCCCAGUCCCCACGGGGAUGAGGAAGAAGGGCUUUUCAACGCCUCAGAUGAGCAGCACCAAGAGCAUAACCACCACCACCUAUCCCGACAGCCUGCAUGUGUGCUGCUGAACACCAUAAAUGAGCAGGACUCUCCAAAUUCUCAUGCCAACACGUCCCCCAGCUAAAAUAGCAAAGUUAGAAGGGAAGCUCUACAAAAAGAUAAACAUGACUUCACAACCAAAAACAAGUUGGUUCACUUUUUUUCUUCAGACGUAACCAUGGGAAUAACUAAUUCUGUAGAGGAGGAGGCAGAAACUACUAGGGUUUUUUUUUCUAAAUUGCCUCCCAUCUUCUACAUCUUGUCAGGGGCUUAAGAAUUGUGUGAGACGUGUGAGAGAACUUUUCCUGUUUCUGGUUUUGGUGACGGUUUAUUUGGUUAGUUGUCUUAUUAAAAGUUUUCAAGACCUGUUUCAUUUUAUGAUCAGAAAGACUUAGUUUGACCCUGUGAGAACAAGGACUAUUGUACCUUUCCAGGUGUCUUCCCAGAAGCUGGUGGCAUUGAUAGCCCUGGCAGUUCUAUCUGGUUAGUGCUGUUGAAGGGUUAAAAUUAAUUCCCGGAGGUGUGUGGGUGGUUGUAGUUUUCUUUUUUAAUCUAUACAGUGCUGUAAUCUUUGGUGCAUUGUUGAUUAUAGCAAUCUGUAAGAAACUUUUUCCUCUCGAAGCUGGUUACUUUCAAGGACCAGUUUCUUUCCAUGACCCCAGUCCCCAAAAGAACUGCUAGCCUGGAACAUACCGUUUAUGCAAAGAGGGGUUACAGAUGUUGCCUUUUAUUUUUAUUUUGAUAUUUGUAGGCUGACAUAUUCCUUCAGUAGAUGCCUCUAAAGAGCACAGCUAUGAAUUUAGACUCAGCAGAAGAUCUGCCUUUUCCAGUACUGUGGUCUCUCUAAAUAACAUUCAGCCAGUGUGCUUCAAUGGAAAAGUGCAGGGGCUUUGCAACUAUAAGCCAGCACACUAGUUAAAAUGACAAAACAAUACCAAACACACACACACAUAUACACAGAGAACAGGGCUUUUUGGCCGGCGUGCCUUCAGGUUUCAGUGAUGCUUGUUGAACAAAUGGAGACAAGACUCCGUCCGUUGCAAAAGAAUGAUUUGCAGCAUCAAUGUGGAAGACCUGUGCAGUAUUCUCUUUUCUAGUCCUAACAUUAGUGUGAUUCUAAUAAGUGACCACUUAAAAAAGAAUGAGUGUCUGUGUUUCUCUCUCUGUCUCUAUCUCUUUUGAUAGCAGCAACAGGCUACUGUAUAAUGUCUGUGAGUGUGUAUGUGUACCUGACUGCAGAACAUGCAUGUAUGUUUCCUAUUGAUGACAUGGAACUUGCUGCUGUAAGACUGCAAAAAACAAACAAAAACCUGUUGCUUUGCUUUAACCAACCAGUGAACUUUUGUUAGUAAUGACCCCAAAGGGGAAGGGGGAAACCCCAAAGAGCUGAAACUAGCAUUCCCCAGAGUGUUCCUGUGGAAGAGAGCAAGCCUUGAUUUCUAUAUUAAGAGUGAUAGAGUUUUGUUUUUGUUAUCCCCUUCCCCUCUUUAAUUACAGUUGUCUAGGUCAUUUAUUGUUAUAAAACGGACUUUCAGAUUUGAUUGCUUGAAACCAAAAUCAGUUUGGGAUAUGGUGUAAGCCCAAAUAUAAUGCCUUUUUUCUGAUAA